AUGAAGACCUCAUUUGCCGCUCUUGCUCUCGCUCUCUCCGGCUCUGCCGUGGGUGCCCCGUUCUCUAACAGCACUCACAUUGCAUCCAACUCUUCUGCUGUCCAUUUGGCUUCGGAGUCUAUCCCUAGCGGCAGUGGGGUGAAGCGCGGAGAGGCCAUCUCCAUCCCGACGGACCUUCCGUCGCUGGCUUCUGAUGCCCAGUCAGUGGCUGCAGCCCUGGCUUCUCUCGGUUCUGGCGCCCAGAAGCGCGGCGAGUCUUUGUCGAUCCCCACGGACCUUCCGUCCCUGUUGGAAGAUGCCCAGUCUAUCGGCAGCGCUAUCGCUUCUGCGGGGGCCCAGAAACGCGGCGAGUCGCUUUCCAUUCCUACCGAUAUCCCCUCGUUGGUUUCCGAUGCUCAAUCGGUCGCGGCUGCGCUUGCCUCCGCUGGAGCCCAGAAGCGUGGCGAGUCUCUCUCGAUUCCUACAGAUCUUCCUUCCCUGCUGGAAGAUGCCCAAUCUAUUGGUAGUGCUAUCGCCUCUGCUGGUGUGCAGAAGCGCGGCGAAGCUCUCUCAAUUCCCACCGAUGUUCCCUCCCUGCUGGAAGAUGCCCAAUCCAUUGGCAGUGCUAUCGCCUCUGCUGGUGUUCAGAAGCGCGCCGCCGAGACCCUUCCUCUCUUGACCCCCACUGGUACUCCCACCCCUACCGCUCCCUUUGGAACUGGCUUCCCUAAGCCUUUCAGCGGUCUUUUCGCAUCCCCUUCUGUGACUGCUUCUUCUUCCGGUAUUGCAUCACCAUCUACCCUCCUCUGA